AUGUUGGCUAUCGGCGACUCCAUCUUACGUCUCGUGAAUUUCAUCCUCCUUGUCAUCGCGCUCGGCUUGACCGGCUCGUUGGCUGCCACCACUGUUUGGGGCAGUAACUCCAGAGUCAACUUUGCCGUGUUUGCCCUGGCCUUUGCCAUCUUGACCUCGUCGUUGUACGGCGUGUUGGCCUACUUCGUGGCCGCCUUGGCCUGGCCUGUGAUUUUGGCCACCUUUGACUUCCUCAACCUCGUGUUUACAUUUGCUGCUGCCACUGCCAUUGCCGCCAACAUCCACGCCCACUCGUGCAACAACAAGGACUACAUCGACAACAACUCCAUUGCCCAGGGCAAAACCGGCAGAUGCAGAAAGGCCCAAGCCUCGGUGGCCUUCCUCUACCUCUCGUUCUUCAUCUUCUUGGCCUCUGCUGUGUUUUCGUUCAUUGGCAUUGCCAAGGGUGGAUUGUUCGGCGGACCAUCCAGAUCUGCCCCAAGAGUGGGUGUUCCAUCCACCUCCCAGGUCUAA